GAGAAUCUUAUGACGUCACGAACGGUUCCGCGGCCAAUGUCAGAGCGGUUCAGCUGUUGUGGACGGACAAUGGCGAUGAUGGUGUGACAUCCCGGACGGGGCUAGAUGUUUUCGCUGCGUUGUCCGGCUGCACGUAAACGCGCAUCAGCUCGCGGUGGCUGAAGGCCACGUCCUGGCGCGCAGCCCCAGGUGGUCUCCCGCACUUCUCUCGCCUCUCCUGUCAUUCUCCUCGCCGCUCCCGCGAUGGCUACGGUGAACGCAACCGCGCUGUCGAGUGACAUAAGUCGUAGAAAUCCUCAGGACGAGUACGAGCUCAUCCAGAGAAUAGGCAGCGGUACCUACGGCGACGUCUACAAGGCCAAACGUCUCUCCAUGAACGACCUCGCAGCGAUUAAGGUUAUCAAGUUGGAGCCAGGUGACGACUUUGCAAUUAUUCAACAGGAGAUUCUAAUGAUGAAGGACUGUAGGCAUCCAAAUAUUAUUGCAUAUUACGGCAGUUAUUUAAGGAGAGACAAAUUGUGGAUAUGUAUGGAGUACUGUGGUGGUGGAUCGUUGCAGGAUAUAUAUCAUAUAACCGGACCAUUAUCAGAAAUACAAAUAGCGUACAUGUGUCGGGAGACCCUCACUGGUUUAGCUUACUUACAUAGUAUGGGCAAGAUGCAUCGUGAUAUUAAGGGUGCCAAUAUAUUGUUGACUGAGGCGGGUGAUGUAAAAUUGGCAGACUUUGGUGUAUCGGCACAGAUUACUGCGACGAUUAACAAGAGAAAGAGCUUCAUUGGUACACCUUACUGGAUGGCUCCUGAGGUAGCAGCUGUGGAGAGGAAAGGUGGAUAUAAUCAGCUGUGCGAUAUAUGGGCGUGCGGAAUAACCGCGAUAGAAUUGGCGGAGUUGCAGCCGCCGAUGUUUGAUCUGCAUCCAAUGCGCGCUCUAUUUCUCAUGUCCAAGUCGGGGUUUAAACCGCCGACGUUGAAGGAUCGCGAUAAAUGGAGUCCAACGUUUCACAAUUUCGUCAAGGUCGCCCUCACGAAAAAUCCCAAGAAGAGACCGACGGCGGAGAAGUUGCUUCAGCACGCGUUUUUCCAAGGGGAGAUGCAUAAAAGACUGGCGUUAGAAUUAUUGCAAAAGGUGUCGAAUCCCAGUCACAUGUUUGCCGAUUUAGAGGCCGACGAAGACGGAGCGGUACCCAAUGUUCCACAAAGAAUAGCCUCGCGUCACACUGCAAGGCCUAGGCCAAAGAGUCCCAUAUCGCAAUUAGAUAGUGAUGAUCAGAUCAACAUUGACGGAGGGACAUUACAUAGAGAUUCCAUAUCACCAUCUGUGGACAGUAAUCCGGCGUGGGAUAUCAUGGACAUCAUGAAUAAUGUCAAGGCUGUACAUAAUUGCGAUGUGCAUCCGGACUGUGGGAUUGGUUCCGCGUUUGAAGAUGAGCAGGAAAAGAGUCUAUUGCAGUACAUUGAUGAGGAGUUGUUGCUAAGGGGGAAUGCAAUGUCGAUGGUCGAUGGGCAUUGCGAUCAGCUAUAUUCCCUGCAAGCCACUCUCCCACUCGGGGAAUCAUCGAACGAUUGCGAGGUCCAUUGCCCCUAUUACAACGUGUCCGGCUCUCAGGCAAGUCCUCGACGUCACAGCUCUGUGGACGAAUUGUACGGUCUCGUUAACAAUUCUCAAUCCCUAACAACCGUGAAUGGUCAACGUCAACGAUCAUUGUCGGAUAGCGGACCUAGGGACGAAUCUGCGCAGUCAAACGGUGAUAGCAAUGAGAUAGCAGCUGAUCGAGACAGAGAGAGCAUGAGUCCCGAUUUACUCUCGGAUACACCGCCCGUUCCUCCGAGGAGGAGGGAUCGAAAAAGGCACACGCCACCAAGACCUAUUAGUAAUGGAUUACCUCCCACGCCGAAAGUGCACAUGGGAGCGUGUUUCUCAAAGGUAUUCAAUGGCUGUCCGCUGAGAAUACAUUGUACUGCGAGUUGGAUUCAUCCGGAUACGAGGGAUCAGCAUUUGUUGAUCGCGGCGGAGGAAGGGAUUUACAACUUGAACUUGAACGAGCUCCAUGAAACUGCGAUAGACCAGUUAUAUCCGAGACGUACCAUCUGGAUGUAUGUUAUUAAAGAUGUUCUCAUGUCCCUUUCUGGAAAGACGCCUCAGUUGUAUAGGCACGACUUAUUAGCAAUGCUAAGUAAACAGACUCAUAGGUUUUCGUUGCACAUGAAUAAAAUACCAGAGAGAUUAGUCCCUAGGAAAUUCGCCCUCACUACGAAGGUGCCGGAUACAAAGGGAUGCACCAAAUGCUGCGUUGGGAGAAAUCCGUAUAAUGGGUACAAAUAUCUAUGCGGCGCGAUGCCGGCUGGUAUAUUCCUAAUGCAAUGGUAUGAUCCAUUGAAUAAAUUUAUGCUUCUGAAGCAUUUCGACUGCGCUCUCCCGUCACCUCUAAACGUCUUUAAAAUGGUUAUCACACCUGAGAUGGAAUACCCAAUGGUAUGUGUAUCGGUUAAGCAGCCAUAUCAGCAGAAUAAAUUGAAACUGGAUUUGAUUAAUAUGAACUCAGGAGCGAGUUGGUUCCACAGUGAUGAAUUAGAAGAUAUGGACGGUUCAGCAACUGUGAUACCAAGAAGAGAGAAUUUGAACGUUAUUAAUGUCACACAAUUUGAGAAAGAUGCAAUACUCGUUUGUUACGAUAAUGUGGUGAAGAUGGUGACACUACAAGGGAAACCUCGAGUUAGCAAGAAACAACUGUCAGAGCUGCAGUUUAAUUUCCAGAUCGAAUCUAUCAUUUGUUUACCAGACAGUGUAUUGGCGUUCCACAAACAUGGUAUGCAAGGUAGAAGUUUCAAGAAUGGCGAAGUUACUCAAGAGAUUAGUGAUCCGAGUAGGACUUAUAGGCUAUUAGGCUCAGACAAGGUUGUGAUGUUGGAGAGUCACCUGGUUCACAGUGGUACAUUGACUGAAUCAGAAGGGGCCGAUCUCUAUAUACUCGCUGGACACGAAGCCAGCUAUUAAGAAUCGAUUUUCAAAUUGCUAGCACGCUGCAUUAUCGUCUCGUGACGAUUUGUGAUUGAACUGCACGUGGAACAACUACAAGAGAGCGGUGAGAUUAAAGUAUAUACGCAGAGAGGUAAAAGCUUUACAAUUAAUUAUUUUCAUUACUUCGCAAUGUGCAAUUCCAACGUUGCUGCGAUGGGUUAUUGCCGUCUCUCCGGUAGUAGUUGAUAUCGCGUAAACUGAUAAUUGCUCGCGGUAACUUUUUUAACGAGAGGCGUCAUAGAACUUAAACAGUUCUUUGAAUAGAUGCGCACUACGAUAGGGAAAGAUAUUGAGUUUAUCAGAAAGAUACGAAACUUAAGAGAGAGAAUAUGUAUGUAUAUCCUUAUGCCUGAUUAAAUGAAGCCAAUAAAAGCCGUACUGCUUGUAAAAGUAUUGGAUAAAGGCAAUUUCCUAGUUUAUGUAGUUAUACAUGUGUAAAUUACGCUCUUAUAUAAACUACGAGAAGAGAUUUAUGAUUAAAUUAAAACCUCGGAAAGGGGAAUUGUAAAACUAAUGUGAAGAUUAUAUUCCGUGUUUCCGACGUUAUAAUAUACAUAGCUAAAUUAGCUAGAAUAUAUGGUGCAAGAGAAUUGCUGCGCAGCGCGUUUUAAAGGCAACGAAGUUCUUGCAAUGCUGUACAAAAUGGUACAGUUUCGGAUUCUAUCUCUUUUUUUCUAGAAUCAUGCUAUAUUCUAAUUCUAGCUCUUAGCCUUCGAGAACCGUUUUGAUCGUAAUAGGGUUUAAUAGGAAUAAAAGCUAACGUAUUUGUAUUUUCGACGAUCGCGGGAGAUUAUUUUCUAGACGUGACAAUAUUUAUAUUCUUACACACAGAGAAAGUCGCGUGAAGUUUUCGAAGGUUAAAGCGCUGCAUUCAGAUACAAUAUCCGAGGGAAUUUUCGUGUAACUUUGACGGAAUCUGUGUGACAUUAAUCGAGAUUACAGCUUAAUAUCUCUUUGUCGUCUCGCUUUCACGAGAUUCGAAUUUCGGUGACCGGAUCUUUGACUAAAGUGAUCGUUUUU